AAAAGAAAAAGAGAACCAUAUUUCUUUAAUGUUAAACGUUUUUAUUUCACUCAAUAAUAAACAAGUCUAAAAUGGGAACUCCUGGCAGAGUUCUCGUAAUCGACAAUGGAUCAUAUGAGUGUCGUGUGGGCUGGGCAAAUGCACGGGAGCCGGAGCUUCGUUUCCGUAAUGUUUUGACAAAACCACGAAAGGAUCGAAAGAAGGAAUCUGGCCAGCAAGGGUCCACCGAAGCCGCAUCAGGCUCUGGUGAAGCACCCGCUGAGAUUCAAGUGGGCAACGAUAUAACCAACAUUGAAGCCGUACGCGCCCACUUGAAGUCUCCGUUUGAGCGAAAUGUAAUUACGAACUGGAAUCACCAGGAACAGAUAUUUGACUAUAUUUUCACCAAGAUGGGCUUCGAGGGACAGGAUAGCAUUCAUAACCCCAUUCUACUAACGGAGGCUCUGGCUAAUCCCAACUAUUGCCGCCAGAAUAUGAACGAACUGCUCUUCGAAUGCUACGGCAUUCCAGCGGUCAGCUACGGAAUCGAUGCCCUGUACAGCUGGGAGCAUUACCAACAAAAGCGAAAGAAGGUAGCUGACGCCUUGAUAAUUUCCUUUGGAUACAGCACGACACACGUCAUUCCCGUCCUAAAUGGCAAAAUACAGCUGGAGCACGUGCGUCGUCUCAAUGUCGGUGGCUAUCACAUUAUUACCUACCUCUUCCGCCUCAUGCAAAUGAAAUAUCCCGUCCAUCUAAACGCUAUCACCAUAAGUCGAAUGGAGAAACUUGUCCACGAAAAUUGCCACAUAGCUGUUGAUUACAAGGAGGAGCUGGUUCAAUGGGCUAACAUGGACUACUAUGAUGAACAUAUCAUGAAAAUCCAACUACCAUAUAACCAGGUUACAGCAACCAAUGCGCUUUUGACUGCCGAGCAGAAGCAGGAAAAGCGCCGGGAACUAGCGCUGCGUCUUCUGGAAAUCAAGAACCGCCGGGAGCGAGAGAAGCUUCGCGAAGAUGAGCAGCAGUUGUUCGUGUACAACAAACUAAGGCAGCUACAUGAACAGAAAAAGAUCCAGAAAUUUGAGCGGGCUCUAGAACAGCAACAAAUUGGCAGCUUGGAGGAUCUGGAUUCACUAAUAGAAACUAUUAAAUCCCGAAUUAAAAAAGCCCAAGAUAGAGCCAAGGCUGCACCGCGACCUAGUAAACAGCAAGAAAAGCUGGACAAGAUGCCGAAGCCACCAGAGGGCGUCUCUCAGGCAGAUUGGCUAGCCGAACUUCACGGCAAGCGCGAAGAAAUUUUGCAACGGAAGCAGGCGCGCCAUCAACAGAAAUCUGAACAAGCCAAGCGACACACCCAUGCCGCCCAGGAAAGAAUGCGCAUCAUCUCCACUUUGGCGCGGAGUGAAAAACGGCGGAAGGCCAAUGGUGAUGAGGAGGACGACGGCUUUGGAAUGAACGACAACGACUGGGAUGUGUACAAGAGGAUCAAUCGCUACAAUGAUGAUAGUGACUCUGAUGCGGAUAAUGAAAAGUUGCUGGAGUGUGAAAAAAUCUUGAGUCACUACGACGCCAAUUUCGAUGAUGGAAACGCCAAUCAACAAGCCCAAAGUGCUGCCGAGAACUACCAACUGCACUUCGGAAUAGAGGAAAUACGCGUACCGGAGAUUCUCUUUCAACCAAGCAUGAUUGGCAGCUCGGAGGCGGGACUCGCCGAACUGAUUGCCUUUGUGCUGAAGCUUUUCCCUGCCAACGAGCAACAGCGUCUGGUGAAUCAUGUCUACCUGACCGGAGGAUGUGCUCAGUUUAAGGGCCUCAAAGAACGACUGGCUAAGGAGCUGCUGGAGAUGCGACCAUUUCAGUCAACUUUUGCAAUCUACGAGGCUGAUGAACACUCUCUAAGUGCUUGGCUGGGAGCUUGUGCCCAAGCGCGGAAAUCCAACUUUAGCCAGACCCUAACAACUCGCAAGGAUUACCAGGAGCACGGUAGCGAGUAUUUCAAGGAGCACAAAGCUAGUAAUAUUUUUUAUCCUGCGCCAAAGGAGUAA